CCGCGCCGCUCCUGCCGCCGGGCUGGCGCAGCUCUGGGCGCACGGCCCUCAGCCCCUCAGCCCUCACCAUGUCCCCCCGGCCGCCGCCCCGCUCCUGCGACACCUUCGUGGCGCUGCCGCCCGCCGCGCCCGGGGGCCGCGUGGUGUUCGGGAAGAACUCGGACCGGCCGGCGGACGAGGUGCAGGAGGUGGUGCAUUUCCCGGCCGCCGCGCACCCGCCCGGCGCCGCGCUGGAGUGCACCUACAUCAGCAUCGAGCAGGUGGAGAGGACGCACGCCGUGGUGCUGAGCCGCCCCUCCUGGCUCUGGGGGGCCGAGAUGGGCGCCAACGAGCACGGCGUGUGCAUCGGCAACGAGGCGGUCUGGGGCAGGGAAGAGGUCUGCGAUGGUGAAGCUCUCCUCGGCAUGGACCUCGUGAGGCUUGGACUUGAGAGAGCAGACACAGCUGAAAAGGCUCUUAAURUCAUAGUUGAUUUGCUGGAAAAAUAUGGACAGGGAGGAAACUGUAUGGAGAGCCACAUGUCAUUUACAUACCACAACAGUUUUCUGAUAGCUGACAGAAAGGAAGCGUGGGUGCUGGAGACAUCAGGAAAGUACUGGGCAGCAGAAAAAGUUGAAGGAGGCAUACGGAAUAUUUCCAACCAGCUCUCAAUCACAACCAAGAUUGACAGAGAACACCCAAAAUUGAAGGAAUAUGCCAAAAGCAAUGGCUGGUGGGAUGGGGAAAAGGAAUUUGAUUUUGCUGCCACGUACUCUUAUGUCAAUACUGCCAGAAUGACCACAUCUGGAGGCCGAUACUGUGAAGGCUAUAAGCUUCUGAACAAACACAAAGGAUCUAUCACUCCUGAAAUAAUGAUGGAAAUUCUUCGUGACAAAGAAAGUGGCAUUAACAUGGAAGGUGGAUUUAUGACAACUGGCAGCAUGGUGUCUGUACUGCCUCAGCAGCCUAAUCUGCCCUGUAUUCACUUCUUUACUGGAACUCCAGAUCCUGCCAGGUCUAUAUUCAAGCCUUUCAUUUUUGUGCCCAAUGUUACUCAGUUAUUAAAAACUACAUCCCCUACAUUUGGGCAUGAYGAUCCAGUUAAGAAGCAACCACGUUUUCAGAGUAAACCAGAUCGAAGACAUGAGCUCUAUAAAAAACAUGAAAGUGCUGCUGUAGUUAUGGGAACUAUCGAGGAUAAAGGUAAAGAAAUGYUGAAAGAGAUACAAGAGUUGGAGAAACAGAAGAUAAGUCAAAUGGAAUCAAUCCUGCAAAAUGGAUGUCUUGAUAAUAACCAAGUGGUUAAUCUUUUUUCACAGUGUGUAGAAGAAGAACUCAAAAUAUAUGGCUAAGAAUAUUAUUUGAAUGUUGUAAAAUUUUGAUUAUAAUUAGGUUUUCUAAUGAAAAGGCUAUAUAGAUUAACAUCUUGUUUUCAGUAUACCACAUAGCAUGGACAAUUUUAAAGAUGUGGAUUCGUAUUCAGGACAAAUGGCUUUUGAUUGUAAGAAACAAUGCUGAGAAGGCUCUUAAGAGCUAGGCAGUGGCUUUGUACAUGGCACAAAGCUGUCAGCAGAGAUUGAUUUUGCCAGCAAACARAUGCAAUUAGAAUGCAGUAGUUUGACUGAAGUGGGGAACAAUCCCAUCUCUGAAUGAAGAACACUAACUYAGCCUUGGAGAACUCCGUUCUAGUGUACACACACAUAGCUUUUAUAAUCAAGAGAACUGUAGCAGAAUUUCAGACUACCUGGAUUAAAAUGGCCAUGGUGAAAACUUUCUAAAAUGUAGAAGCUAUUAUAAACAYCGAAGAAAAAGGGAAGUGAUACACAAGUCUAGUAUGAUUGAUACUCAGUUGUUCAGUAAAACCAUUUAAGAUACAUUUCAUAUCUGAACCUUCUACUCCUUCCAUGUAAAAUGAGGCAGAGAAUUCAAGGUACGCUAUAAACAAACCGCAAUUGUAAUUUUGCUCUGAGUGGUUGUGAAAUCUUACUACAUGGAAUUCAACAAUGCAAGCAUCCUGUAAGUUACUACACAGAUUCCACUUCCCUAUUUGCCCUCCCCUAUAGUUUAUAGUGAAAAAUAAACUUAUUUAUGUACAAGAUGAUUAUUGUCAAAUUAAUUCUGCAGUGCACUUUAUAACAUCAUGUGGGAGUUCUAAAAUGUUUUUCGAAUUGUUUAUUUUUAAAAUUGGGCAACUAGAAAGGAAGAGGUCGGGGUACACAAGUAUAUUUAUGUACUCAGUGGGACACUUACAAAUACUUUUUUUUCACUUCAUAUAAAGCCUUUUAAACCCUGACUUGUUUUGCCAAARUUACUAGACUAUGGACUUUUUGCCCAGGAACUCAUCCUUCCUCAUGCUGUUUAAAAGUAAUGAUGAACAAUGACACUGCUUUUAUUAUCUGUGGCAAGGGACAAACUGAGCAAACAACAAAGAAGACUCUGAUUUUACCGCGUAAUCAAUAGGUCAGGAUAACAAGCAUGACUGUAAGGAAAAACAAAAAAAGGCACUCAAAACUCAGCACUUUGGCAAACCUUCAGAAGUAAACUUGUCAUAUGAAAUGGUGAAUUAGAGCUGCAGCAGCAGUAKUGGAUAUGACACUGCAUCCCCAGAAACACAGCAGACCACAGAAACAUCAUUCGUUGAUGAUUUUUCACAUGCAGUUUCCUCAUUUUGUAAACUGUUCAAUACYCCACUGGCAAAAAAUGGUAAAUAUAGACAAAAUAAAUAGUCAAUGAAGUCAGCGGAAUUAAUAUGAAAAUUAAAGAGCUUGGCAGAAUUUAUUCUUUSUGAUCCUAAAGUAAAAGUAGAAAUUAACUUGGGAUGCUGUGUUCAGAUGCACAUCAAGAAACUGUCGAGUUAGGAAAGGCUCAUGAACUUUCUAGUUCUAGUGGCCUAAUGUGUACCACGUAGCAGUAGCAAGAAGAGUGAGUGGGAGGUAAGACAAAGUGUGUUUGAGUUGACUGUGGACAUUUUGUGCCUGUGUUGACAACAAAAUUUCUUACAAGUUCAACAGCACAGUGGGUCAAUACAGAAGUUCAAUAGUCCAGUU